ACUUGAUUGGGGCCAUGAUUCCAUCCAAAGUGUUUUAAACUUUGGAACAUACCUGCCCUAUUUAUCCAGAUGGCUUUCAAAAAAACAACAGACAGGAUGUCAAAUUGGUGAAAAGGCAUAUGAGGAGUAAGCUGUGCGUUUAUUUCAAAAGCCAAGUCUGUAUUUUGUCUCUCUUCAGUUGCUUUAUGCACACAAUUUUGUUUUUUAUCACCUCAAGUGGCUGCAGUGGCAAUUAUGUUAACUCUAUCUAGUUAAGGGAUGCUGUAGCCUGGAGUGAACACUGAUUCUCAACAAACAUACUGUAACUAGUUCUUAUUCAGUCAAUUUCUACCUUUUUUUUUUUUCCAGAUGUGGGGGAGAGACAGUAAGCUUACAUUUUUUUGCACCAGUAAGGUUUUUACAGUGACUGGUUGAGAAGACAAGUUAUGAUAUAACUAGCAGCUGUGAUAAUGAAGACUAUCUGAGUAGGAAAGAGCACUGAUUUUGAGGAGUGUGAAAGUCAAACUCUAGCAGAUGGAAAAAGGAUAGUGUUGUGAAAUGUGAUUUCACUACCAUGUACUGAAACUAGGAUAGACGUGGACAAGUCAGUGAGUACUGCGUCAUAGCAACUAUUUAAAAGAUGAACUUAUUACAGUCUGUUAUCCAUUCUGUUGUCAAACAAAAUAACUUUUUUUUUUUUUUGGUAGGUAAUAUAUCCUCAGCAUUCAAAACUUACAGAUAAAGAGAAAACCAGUAUUUGCUAUUUGUCUUUUCCAGAUUCCAAUUCAGGUUGUCUUGGAGACACACAGUUUUGUUUUAGAUUCCGACAAUCUUCUAGUAGGAGGCUCUCACUGCAAUGUAUGCUGGACCAGCUGGACAGAGACUUGCCAGUUUCCUUAAAGAAGGACCCUGCAUAUUACUAUGGCUAUGUAUAUUUUAGACAAGUUCGGGACAAAACAUUAAAAAGAGGCUACUUCCAGAAGUCCUUGGUUCUCAUCAGCAAACUACCUUAUAUCCAUCUUUUCCACACUGUGCUUAGGCAUAUAGCACCAGAAUAUUUUGUAAAGAACGAACCUUUCCUGGAAGCAGUUUGUAGUGAUGUUGAUCAUUGGCCACCACCAGUCCCAGGGAAAACACUAAAUUUGCCUAUUAUGGGCAUUAUAAUGAAGGUGCGGAUUCCAACAUGUCAUGACAAGCCUGGAACAACCCACAUAGUACAGUUCACACACCAGGAAGACACACAAAUCUCCAUUGCUUUACCUACUGUUCAUGAAGUGGAUCUUUUCAGAUGUUUCUGUCCAGUAUUCUUUCACAUUCAGAUGCUUUGGGAACUAGUGUUAUUAGGAGAACCGGUUGUUGUUAUGGCACCAUCACCUUCUGAAUCUUCAGAUACUGUUCUGGCACUUGUUAGUUGUAUUUCACCUUUGAAGUACUGCAGUGAUUUUAGGCCCUACUUCACUAUACAUGACAGUGAAUUCAAAGAAUAUACCACUCGUACACAGGCCCCGCCUACUGUCAUUUUAGGAGUGACAAACCCUUUUUUUGCUAAAACACUACAGCACUGGCCACACAUUGUCCGAAUAGGAGAGAUUAAACUUCCAGGUGAAGUUCCAAAGCAAGUGAAAGUGAAAAAGCUGAAGAACCUAAAGACUUUGGAUUCUAAACCUGGUGUUUAUACAUCUUAUAAGCCAUACUUGAACAGAGAUGAAGAAAUCAUAAAACAGUUACAAAAGGGUGUACAACAGAAACGUCCUGCAGAAGCCCAAAGUGUAAUUCUUAGACGUUAUUUCUUGGAACUGACACAAAGCUUCAUCAUUCCAUUAGAACGCUAUGUGGCAAGCCUGAUGCCCCUGCAAAAGAGCAUAUCUCCAUGGAAGAGUCCACCACAGUUGAGACAAUUCAGCCAAGAAGACUUUAUGAAAACACUUGAGAAAGCAGGACCACAGCUCACCUCUGGAUUAAAGGGAGACUGGAUAGGACUUUACAGACACUUCUUGAAAUCUCCAAACUUCAAUGGCUGGUUCAGGACCCGGCGGAAGGAAAUGACACAGAAGUUGGAGGCCCUCCAGUUAGAAGCGCUCUGUAAUGAGGACUUGCUUUUCUGGAGUCAGAAACAUACUGAAGUAGAAACAGUGGAUCUUGUCUUAAAGCUAAAGAAUAAACUGUUCCAGGCUGACAGAGAACAUCUACCCAUGAAACCUGACACUAUGGAAAAGCUACAGAUGCACAUUGAUGCAAUUAUACUAGCACUCCCAGAUGACUUACAGGAUAUUCUGCUCAAAACUGGUACAACAUGAUUUCUAUUAGGAUUUUUAUGCCACAAACAAACAACAUAUUUCAAAGCUUCACAGAAGAGACUGGCAGAGAUCAAUGGACUGGAGCUGUGAAUGGUAUACUAACACUUGACAUUAGUAAUAGUGGAAAAACAAUUUUUAGCUUUUCUUUUAAAAUAGACACCUACAGGGGUUCCACUUAAAUACUGAUGGAACUAAAGAAUUUCUUUGUUCAUUAUGUUUAAAACCAAGUGCUCUUAUGAAAAACCUGUGGGCAUAUGAAAUUAUGAAACAUGCAGGACCACAAUGCAAUGCUGGCAUUGCAGAAUGUUUUUUUAAAUUGGUGCUGCUGUGCGCAUUCAUGUUAACUCAGGGGGAAGCAACAUUCACAUUGGCUUUGUAAAGAGACUAUCCCAUUUAAGGUAAUAUCUAAUUGCUUUUAAUGCCUUCUUUCUUUAGAUAUUUUUAAUCUGAUGUUAAAAACUAACUGCCAUGCUGUUGUGACUUGGAUGAAGUACAUAAUAGUUGAGGAAUUUUGUUGGCAAAUCAUUGCUUACAAAUUUUAUGAUUUAUAGAACUGCUAUUAGCAGAGACAAGUGAAAGUAUUAAAUAGGCCAUUAAUCUUGUUUUACUUUUUUACUCUUUUUUUUUUUUUUUUCCCCAACGAUUAUAUUACAUCUGCCUCUGGACAGAAAAGAAGGCAUCUGUUAAAUAUAUCCUAAGAAAGAGAAACUGGUAUAUUUUCCUUUAACUUUGUCCAUUUAAGGUCAGAUAAUGGGUAAUUGUCUUCACAGGCCUUAAUUAAUGCUAACCCCAGAUUAGUUGUAUUUUUAUCAUUGAACAAUUAAAAUGAUUUUAAAGCUGAACUGCUGAAAUUCAGGAUUUAAGUUUCCAUUAAUCAGGCUUAACUAUAUAGUCUUCAUCACAAAAUGUACAGUGUUGCUUACUAAAUAUACCAAGUUUAAUGUUACUGUUGCUCAUCCUGUAAUAGAUGUCAGUAGUGCUAGAUGGCACAGAAUCCACUGUAGUUGAGGAUCAUUGUAGUAGUAAUCUUAAAGUGCGCUUCUCUCUCCUGCCAGGAAAUGAUUGUGUUAGACUGUUUUUUAGGAGGAGGAAAUGGGGCAGGAGAGAAAAGACUAUAUUACUUUCAGCUGAAGGAAUCUUGUGGAUUGUAGAGACUAUAUCCAGAAGGAGUUGCAGCACAGUGAAGCUACUUAAAAUACAUGCAUACAGUAAACAUGCAUAAAUAACCAUUUUUCAUUCUAUAGUAAGCAACAAGAAUUUGUUGCCACCUUAGAUCACCUUAAACCAAGAAAACUAAGACUGGUAUAAGAAGUGCACAUUUGCUCUGCAUGCAAAGAGUGACUUUGAGGAUCCAUUCCAAGCAGGAUAAGAUGAAGCCAUGAUGUACAAAUAAAUACAGUACAUACUUUAUACUCUUAGAUGACAAGUGGUUCACAAUUAUCAAAGAUUCUGCUUAACGUACUUUGGGUAGAAUAAGAAGUCUUGUAACGUUGCAAUCCUGCUAUGGAAAAAAUGCCUUUGUAUGAUAAAUAUUUCAUACUAUCUUUCUAAAAAUGUCUUAUUUAGGUAUAAACUGUCACAUUGUUAUUUUUAAUAAAAUAUGUAUUUUAAUACUCUUACAGUUUAUAUAACAUUAUUCAUGAACAGAAGUUAGUUUAACUAAUUGUAUCAAGACUGUCGUUUAAAUUAUACCACUAUGGCAUUAAUUAAUCUCUAACUUGCAAUUUGUUUUGCACAGCUGAUGGCUAGCAUUUCUAACCCUGAAACUGAAAAGUGGCCAUUACUCUGGUAAAUUAUCUUUAAAUAUUUAACUGAAGCACUGUAUGAUAUCUUAGAACCGUGUAAACUGGCAUCAAUUAUGUCAGCCUAUUACCACUUGACUGAAAAUAUGUAUUUUUGUAAAAGGAAAUAAAUGUCAAUCUUUUGGGA